GCUGCGACGCGCUAGGACUUUGAUAUCGACAUCUUGGGUGGCUUGGUUUCCUCAGUCCUUCUUUGCCAGCUAUGAUUCGCGGCAGUGCACUACUGCGGUACUCAAGAUGCUUGAAGAGGGUUUCGGCGGGGAAUAGCGGCAUGAGAAGCAUCCAAUCGUGUCCAAGGUGGCCAGGCUAUGCUUCAGUGGGCACUGGCGCACGGUGCAGAGCAGACUUCUCGUCCAGCUCAAUCCAAUCGCAUAACACACCCCGAGAGCCGUCAAACGUUGCUCAGGUUGCUCCAACGAGCCGGAUAGACGACCGAAACGUUGUUCUUGGCUGGGACACCACUACAUAUUCCCGAUACCACCACAUAUGGCUGCGUGACCACUGCCGUUGCCCGGAAUGUUUCCAUCCUAUCACCAAGCAGCGCCUUGUCAAUACUUUCGAGAUUCCAGCAGAUAUCAAGCCUACCCACGUCGAAUCCAAGCCGGAAGGUCUGGAAGUGCAUUGGCCCUCAUCGCAACCACAUAUAUCACUCUAUCCGUGGUCCUGGCUCCGACACAGUUCAUAUGAUCCAGCACUGGCACCGCCUCCAGCUGCUACUGAGCCGAUACUGUGGGGCUCGAAGAUAUUGCAGGACCCACCUACUGUGACUUAUGAACAGGCGAUGGCGGAGGACGAACGCGGUCUGUUCAAGUGGUUAUCCAACGUCUUCGGAUUCUGUUUUGUCUCGGGAGUGCCUGCAACACCAGAGGCGACGGAAGAACUAUCCCGACGGAUUGCCUUUAUCCGAGAAACACAGUACGGCGCGUUCUGGGACUUCACAUCGGAUCUGGCGAAGGGCGACACGGCAUACACGACAUUAGCCCUGGGCGCGCACACAGACACGACGUACUUCACAGAUCCCUGCGGUCUUCAGCUGUUCCACCUUCUCGAGCAUACAGGCGGGACGGGCGGGGCGACCCUGCUCGUCGACGGCUUCUACGUCGCCUCCAUCUUGAAGGAGUUGCACCCGGAGGCGUACGAGCUCCUGUCCACAGUCCCCGUCCCGACGCACGCAGCGGGAGAGCCCGGGGCGCUGUUCACUCCAAGCAUACGCGAUACCCCAGUGCUAAAGCAUGAAGACGAUGCGCUUGUGCAGGUGCGGUGGAACAACGACGACCGCAGCGUGCUGCGCAACCUCAAGCCCGAUCAAGUCGAGCCGUGGUACGAUGCUAUCCGCACCUGGUACAAGCUCCUCUCCAGCCUGGACUCGGAGUACUGGGUCCAGCUGUCGCCCGGGACGGCAGUCGUCGUAGACAACCAUCGUGUGCUGCAUGGGCGAUCCGCAUUUAACGGGAAGCGCCGCAUGUGUGGCGCAUACAUUGGCAUGGACGAGUACCGGUCGAAGCUUGCCGUCCUCAGCGAGCGGUAUGCCCCAGACCCCGUCACCCAGGAUACUGCUGCGACAGCGAGCGUGAACGGCCGCAGUAUCUGGCACCCUGCUCUGUGAGAUGUUGAUGGGUAGAGCGAUUGAGCAGCGGAUACAGCGUACCACACACACUAUCUCAGCGGCAGUAUUGUAAUUUUACUAGUACCACCAACGUACUUCAGGAUGUGAGCG